AUGCGCCUCGUCACACCCCUCCUCCUCACCACCCUCUCCUCCCUCGCCACAGCCGACUUCUUCGUCUCCAACACCUCCGUCUGCAUGGGCACCUUCCUUGUUUCUCAAUGCUACCACGGCGUCAAAGUCCUCACAGACGCCACCGACUUCGACAAAACCUACACAUGUCCGCACCUUGUUCCCGCCGAAGACCACCACUACAUCCGCAACGGCACAGCAGGACCUUUCGGCGGCGAGAAACUUGUCUCUGAUGGUGGGGUUUGCGAUUCGGGAAAGCUGUUCUUCGAGAAGACGCACACAGGGAGGAGCAACGAGAGUGGGUACAGUGUGAAGGAUGCGGAGGGGAAGCCGGUGGCGGAGUGUGAAUGGGAUAAUGGAGCGACGAAGCAUUGUAAUCAGUGGGUGGGAAUGCUCUACUUUGCGAGUAUGUACCGGUGUAAGGGGAGUAUCUGUGGGUGA